UGCGGCUUAACUGAGAAAAGUAUGGCGAAUCGAAAUAGGAACAUGAUGAACAACUCGAGAAGAUGGGGCGGAGGGAGAAACUACGGUGGAUUUCAGAAUAAAAACACCAAUUUCUCAUCAACGAACAGAUACAGGUCGGAUGUUAACACCAGGAUGUCCUACGACUCGGGUGACCGCAGGAGGAUGGUGGAUGACGAUUUCAGGUCGCGUCAAAACAUUUCCUCAAGUGACCUACUUGGUGGCCGACGCUCGUUGCUAGGUAACGACAGCCUGUACAACGAUCCGCUUUCGAUCCAUGAUCAGCUGUCUCUGCGCGAGAGUCAGCUGGCGGCUGCAAGUGACCUGCUCAAACGUCAGAGUGACCUGAUUGCGGAGGUCGGCCUCAUGGGCAUGUCUGGCAUUGGACUGAGUGGGUCUGACAUGAGGACGGGUGGACUGCGCAGUCGGAGUCGGGAGGAAGACCUGCUGGGAAAGCGUCAGAGUGGAAGUUUUGAUCUGGAUGGCAAGAGGAGGCGAACAGACUCUCGGUCGCCCCUGCGAGGGAGUCGGAAAGUUCCACGACGCGGCCGGCCCCAGCACGACGCAUCAGGUGGACGAAGAAUGAGUGUUGGGCGGAGUCGACUCGAUCAGCGACCUUAUCCAGGCCGCACUGUGAAAUGCUACAACUGUGGUAAACUAGGCCAUGUGGCAGAUAUGUGUCGGAAGCCACCCAUCAAAGAUAUGCGAAAAUGUUAUACCUGUGGCGAGAGUGGGCAUAAAUCUCACAACUGUCCCAAGAAGCAUGAAAAGGAGCCCAAACACGAGUCAGUUUAUGUUUGUGAAGCUUGUGAUGAGAAAUUUGAAACUGAUGCAUUGUAUGAAGAACAUAAGAAGUCCAAGAAGCAUCUAGAGCAUAUGGAAAAAAUUGAAAAAAUGGAAGAUGAAGAGAAGAAUAAAAUUCUUGAAAAAAUCAAGAAGCAAGAAAAUCUUAUUAUGGAGGGAAAAAGAAAGGAAGAGGAGAGAGAAAAGCGGCGAGAAUCUCGCCACCGAAAAUCUCCAAGUAAAGAAGUCAAAAAGGAAUUUACAUUGUCCAGCACUGAAUUGAGAAAGAUUUAUGACCAGAUACCAUCACAUGAUAAAGAUACGCCAGUGGGUGUUGAUUUCGUUACUCCAGUGACAGGUUUCUUUUGCAAGUUGUGCAACAAGUUUUACAAGAAGGAGACCACAGCAAAAGUGGAUCAUUGCUCUUCUGUGACUCACUAUCACCUGUGGAAGAAAUCUCAAGUCCAGAAGUUAAAAGAGGAGGCGAAGAAGCAGGUCAUGGAAGAGGCCACUGGCAGAGAGGAGAAGGAGGAGAAAUCUGAGGAGGGAGACCAGUCUGGGGGGGACAGGAAGGAGGAGACCAUGGACAUCCAGGAGACAUCGGGUAGAGCAGAGGAUGACCUGCUGGGGGACGAAUCGAGUCAAGUGAAGACAGAUAACGACAAUGAGUCGAGUCAACUGAAGACUGACCAUGAUGACAAGUCGAGUCUGAUGAAGAUGGACCAAAAUAAUGCUGAGAUUGAGGAAGAGUCUGAAGUAAACGGGAUCGAUGAGACAUCGCUCAGUCAGCAGCUCGAGAUCCUUGAUGAGUUCACCAUUAAGACCGACGCCAGUGAGGAGGCAGACGAGGGGGGCAGUAAUCCGGGGGAGGAUGAAGGGGGGCAUAAUCAGGGUGAUGAUGAAGAUAUAGGCAUUGUGAAUCUGGAUGAGAAUGAAGUGGGAGGUAAUCCUGAUGAUGGUGAAAAGGGAGGUAAUCAUGAGGAAAUGGGGUCGGAAGAGCCACCAGAAGAAGAUGCCUGAGACUACAUUUCUGAUCUGAAUAAAGCGUUUUGCUUCAGGGGUUGAAGAAAACCCCCAGCGCAUAUGUCAAAUGAUGCCUCGCAAUCCGAUACGUCUAAUAUUGAGAGUUGGAUCGCAGACGACAAAUAACAAAUUGACUGUGUGGAUGAGAUGGUGUUAAAAAACCAGUCUUACAAACUGACUUUCUUUAAAAUGUUGUAUUUUAAUUACAUGUUUCUGUAUAUAUAUAUAAUCAGAACAUUGUUAAUAAUGUUUCUGUAUAUAUAUAUAUAUAUAUAUAUAUAUAUAUAAUCAGCACAUUGUUAAUAA